AUGUCAUCCAGGCUGAAGGAGCGGGGCGGCGGCGGAGGGAAGAUCAUGGCGCUGCAGCCCCAGAGAUGUGCUCUGGAGGGGACCCCAAAGGGCAAAGUUGCUGCGAGGAGGGCGCCGUCCGUCGGCAAGGAGAACCCCGGGAGGACCCCUGGCCUCGGAAAGGAAAAUCCCGGGAGGACCCCCGUCAGUGGAAGGGAGAACCCCAGGGCUGUUUCCAGAGGAAGGGUGGCCCAGGGGAUGGUUCAGAGGCCGGCGGAUGGGCAGAAUGUUGAGAAGGGGCAGGCUCCUCUCAGCGUCCGAUGGUCCACGUCUUCGGUGCCGAGAGGUAGGAGUUCUUCUAAUCCUUCCGACUUCGCUCGAUUAAUAGCCGAUUUUCGUGCCCGCGGCGGAAUAAGGGAUCGCCACUCGGUGGCCUCUGUUCCUGCGAAUGAAUGGAAGGAGAAGGUUAUGGCCAGGGAUCCGAGGAUUGCCGAGCCUGGCGUCAGGGAAAGUCCGGCAACAUUUAAAGUCGUGGAGCGAUUUCAGCAGCCGAGGAAGGUAGCGGCUUCGAGAGAUACUGCUAAUGGGUCUACUAGCGUCCACAGGCUUUCAGACAGCGGCAGAUCCAGUGGCAUUUUGGGCUCGCAUCUACGAAGGAGCGUAUCUGGACCUCGAGGCAGUAAUUUGGAGGGAAUCAGAGGGAAGACUUUGAGUGGGCAUGCAGAUGAUUCUAGCGUGAUAGAAUGUGCUGAUUCAAAGCAGAGGAAAAAUCCUGCUACGCGGAAUGAGUGUCUCAAGGUAUUAGAAAGUCGCUCCAGUGGCAGAGUUGUACAAGGCCUGGAGGUAGGAAAAAAAAAUGCAUUUUCAGCCUCCGAUUCGAGGUGCACUUAUGGGAAAGCUUCAGAGAGCAUUGCUGUUUUGGAGAAUCAUAGCAAGAGCCAUCCUGUGGCAUUUCAUGUCAGUCGAUCAUCUGAAAUGCCGUCAGAUGUUGUCAAUAGACUGACGAGCUACAAAGAAGAUAACGACGACGGCUUGGCUCUUAGUUCGAAAGCAGCAUGCGAACCAUCAGCUGUCAUGGAGGUGGUUUCAGAAAAAAUAGUCGUCGAGUCCAGUGGUGACUCGCGUUCGAAUGUAGCAGCGGCUGCGACGUUUGCUGAUGGUGUUACAGUUUCCAAAAAUCUGAUAGAGCAUAAAUCUGAUGCUGAAAAGGUCACCGGGGCAGCUAACCGAUAUUCUAGCAAGCUGCACGAGAAACUUGCUUAUUUGGAAGGAAAAGUUCAAAGGAUCGCUUCUGACAUCAAGCGGACCAAAGAUAUUCUCGAUUCGAACAACCCAAACGCGUCCAAAUUGCUCUUAUCUGAUAUCCAGAGCAAGAUCUCUGGUAUAGAGAAAGCAGUGAGUCACGUGAUUGGUGGUACUGGAACUGGAUCAACGACUUCUUUCCCAUUGAAAGAUGAAACCUUGCAUCGCAAUGCUCACGGGGAAAUCGGUGGAUCGAGGAAUUCAGCAAAGGAUUUAAACCUUGAAGAAAUAGAGGCCAGGUUUUUCCCUCAUCAUAGAUUAAUUAGGAGUCAGACUUCAGAGCUCAGUUCAAAAGAAGACGAUGUAAACUGCAAGCCGAUAUCCCCCAUACACAUCAGUGAUCCUGUGACGGAAGAUAGAUCACUAAGCCCCAUUGAUGAAAACCCAAUUGCAUUGGAGUUUCUGGCUUCUUUGAAAGGUGACAAGUUGAAUGCCAGUGCACGCGGGAGCAAUGUUUUGUUUGACUCUGUAGCAAUUCAACAGAUGGAAUCAGGAAAUGCCGAGCCAUCGGAGAGGCAGUGUGUUCCAGACAACUUGAUAAUCGAUGCCCAGAAUAUUGCUUCUAUGUUGACAAGUGACGAGAAAAUUGAGGACUUUGAAGAUCAGGAGAACAAGCCAGUGACACUUUUGAGGGAGGAGACGGAAGAUUCACUCACGGAUCAGCUAUUUGAAAUAGGAUCCAAAUCCUCUACCGGUGGGUGGUUUGUUUCAGAGGGAGAAGCUGCCCUUAUUGCCCACAGUGAUGGUUCAUGCUCGUACUUCGACAUUGCGAACAAUGAGGUACGUACAUCUUGAACUUUUGUUUUUAUGCAUUUAUUUAUAAAUAUUAUAUUUUAUUGAUUCUAGCUUUUCGUUUCUUUAGAAUAAAUUUUGCUUUCUCUGGCAAUUCUGGGUUCUUAAUCGGAAGUUGACAAUUGUCAAAGUAAUGUAGUGGGGGAUGCAGUGCUUGGUUUCGGACAUACUUUCCCCCUACAAUCAGAUACUAUAUGAUAUGAAACCAUUUGUACUAAAUUAAAAUAACAUCUCGUACGUUAUUGCCUCUGUCCCGACUGAAUACUGGGAUUGCUUCUUUUCCAGGGGAAGGCAGAAUACAAUCCCCCUGCAGACAUAUCCAGCAACCUAUGGGGUGAUUGCUGGCUAAUUCGUGCGCCUGGAGUGGAUGGCUGUGCUGGGAGGUACGUGGUGGCCGCAUCUGCAGGAAAUACUCUAGAGUCGGGCUUUUGUGCCUGGGAUUUCUAUACCAAGGAUGUCAGGGCCUUCCGAAUCGAGGAAGGAAGACCAUCUUCUCUGUCAUCAACAUCAUCUCUCUCUAGGACGGUGCUGGCCCCCCUGCCCAACACUGCUCUCCAUAUAAGAGGCUCUUUAAGCACGACACAUGCUUCUGCAGGCCAGCAAUGGUGGUACAGGCCGUGUGGGCCUCUGCUUGUUUCUGCUUCCAGCAGGCAGAAUGUGGUCAACGCUUUUGAUAUCCGCGAUGGAGAACUAGUCAUGACUUGGAACGUGCAGAAUCCAGUAAUGGCCAUGGAGCAUUCAAGUCCUCUGCAGUGGAGAAGCAGAGGAAAAGUGGUUCUGGCAGAGCCAGAAGGUAUCCGCCUCUGGGACGUCAACUCCCUCAAUCCUCAGCCUUUGCUGUCUGUCGCGUCCGGAAAACGAGUCACUGCCCUCCAUGUGAACAACACCGACGCUGAGCUGGGUGGCGGCAUCCGACAGAGGUGAGUCUUUUCCCCCUUAUAUUCCGUAGAUUAUGUGAUGAAAUGCAGUUCGUGUAUUGUGAUGAAAUCCCCUUUUUUUUUGCAUUCCACCCGAGCAGGAUGAGUUCGUCUGAGGUGGAGGGAAACGAUGGGGCGUUCUGCACGCAUGAGGAAGUCAACGUGAUCGACCUGCGACUUCCCUCCGGCGUGGGCCUCAAAAUAGCGAAGCCCGGAUGCACCGGCGAGUCCAUCUUCUCCCGCGGGGACUCCAUCUACCUCGGCUGCACCGAAACGACGUCACCGGGCGGGAAGGUGGCUUCGAGCUCGGUCCUCCGACAGUUCUCGUUGCGCAAAGGGAAGCUCGCGGCGUCCUACCCGCUGCCGGAAGCCAACGUCCACGCCCACCACUCCGCGUUGACCCAGGUGUGGGGCAACGCCAACCUCGUGAUGGGCGUCUGCGGGAUGGGGCUCUUCGUCUUCGACGCCCUCAGGAACGACGGCGGUCAACCAGUCGCCGGCGACCAUGGGAGCGACAUCGUCAACGCCCACGAGGUCGUCGGCCCCAACGACUUGUACUGCCCUUCCUUCGACUACCUGGGAUCGCGGGUCCUCGUUAUCUCCAGAGACCGCCCCGCCAUGUGCAGGCACCUCUUCUAG